UAAUAAUUAAAAUAUUGACUCAACCAAAUAAUAUUAAACUUUUAAAAUGGCCGUCAUCGAGCAGUUUAAGAUGCCAGGAACGUCUCUCGAGAAGGUAGUCGUCCACCCAAUCGUCUUGUUAUCAGUGGUCGACCACUAUAAUCGUAUUGCCAAGGGCACCAGGAAGCGUGUGGUUGGAACUCUGCUUGGAGAAUAUAACAAAGGAGUCCUGAAUAUUACUAAUUGUUAUGCCAUUCCAUUCGAAGAGGACCUUAAAGACAAAGACAUCUGGUUCGUAGACCAUAUUUAUCACGAGCAGAUGUACACAAUGUUUAGGAAAAUCAAUGCGAAAGAGAAGAUAGUGGGAUGGUACUCUUCAGGACCUAAGAUCAAGAAGAAUGAUAUCGAAAUUCAUGAAAAAUUUAGAGAAUACAACACAAAUCCUGUCUUUGUCGUGAUCAAAGUUCAGGAAAAUGAAACCCUGGGAAUCCCCACAGAGAGUUACUGCUCUGUUGAUGAAGUUAAUGAGGAAGGACAAUUGGAGAAGAAUUUCGUACAUAUUCCAUCCUCUAUUGACGCUUCAGAAGCUGAGCAGGUAGGAGUAGAACACUUAUUGAGGGACAUCAAGAACGUCUCCAUUGGAGACUUGUCCAAACAUAUCUCAGACAAAGUCCUUGGCUUAAAAGCUCUGAAUGCUAAAAUAAUCGAAAUGAAAGAGUAUUUAGAUGAUGUACUGGAUGAAAAAUACCCUGUAAAUACUGAAAUCAUUGAGAAUUUGCAAGACAUAUUCAACUUGAUGCCAAACCUAGACUUUGAUUCGAUCAUCCAGUCUUUCAGUGUCAAGACUAAUGACUACAUGCAUAUGACUUAUGUCUGUUCUCUAAUCCGUGCCUGCAUCGGGGUCCAUAAUUUGAUCAACAACAAGGUUGCUAUUAUCGAAAGGGAAAGAGCUCUGCUCGAGGAGGAAGAGAAGAGAAAGAAGGCCAAAAAGGAGCUUGAGCAAAAAGAGAAGGAAAAUAACCAAGCAAGUCAGAAAGAUGUAGAAAUGAAGGAUGAUAAAUAA